AUGACCAAUAAUCGUAAGCGGGACAACCCUCCAUGGUUACCUCCCACACCCCCUCCAACACCUCCUCCUGUGGAGGACGUUGUCGACGAGGACGACGACGACGACGUAGUCGUCAUCGAGGACGACGGCGGCGGCGACGACGACGACGACGUAGUCGUCAUCGAGGAUGGUGGCGGCGGCGACGACGUGGACCACGAGGACGCCGUCGUUGACGACGAUGUCCUCAUCGUUGACGAGAUCAUCGUCAACGAUGAGGACGACGACGACGGCGUCGUCGUCAUCGGUGAGGUUCCCCCGAUGGACCCGGUGCUGAUGCACCAUAUGCAGGUGGGUGAAGUGGAGGAUUUCCUCCUACUCCUCGCCCACCUGCAUGCGCAGUGGUGA